GGGCCCUUUCGCCUUCCUGCUUCUGUUAGUUUGACAAUGGCGGCUCGCGGCGUGGGGAUGUUGGCCCGUUUACCCCUAUGUGCUCAGAGAAGUCAAGUCCUGCGUCCUACUCACAGGCUUUUCAGUUGCCCAGGAACUGUGGCCGCAGACGUUAAGAGAGAAGAGCAGUCCUCGAGGAACGUGGAGACAGGCUCUGAAGGCAGGACUCCCAAAAAGAAAUUCUCUGAGGUGCAGAAAGAAAGACGGGAACAGGCACAGCGAACUGUUCUAAUACGUUGCCCAAAUAAAAUCAGUGAAAAAAAGUUUCUGAAAUAUUUAUCCCAACAUGGACCUAUUAAUAGUCAUUUCUUCUAUGAGAGUUUUGGUCUUUAUGCUGUUGUAGAGUUUUCUCAAAAGGAAAGCGUCACUUCACUACAGAAUGUAACUCGAACUCCGAGUAUGGAGACAGAGGCUGCAAUUCCAUUCAAGUCACGUUUCUUCAAUUUAAAGAUGAAGAAUCCAUCAAGCCAGACUUCAGAACAGUCCUGUGUACAAAGCAGUAAUCAUUCCCCUCCUUCAAACAAGAAGCUUUCUGAAUUACUUUGUUAUGCAGAAAGUAUGGAUGAUCAGCUGAACACUCUCCUGAAGGAGUUCCAGUUAACGGAGGAGGACAUUAAGCUCCGAUAUCUCACCUGUUCUCUUAUUGAAGACCUAGCAGCUGCGUAUUUUCAGGACUGUACAGUGAGACCCUUUGGCUCCUCAGUGAACAGUUUUGGGAAAUUAGGAUGUGAUUUGGACAUGUUUUUGGAUCUAGAUGAAAUUGGAAAACUCAGCACCAACAAGACCUCAGGAAAUUUUCUGAUGGAAUUUCAAGUGAAAAAUGUUCCUUCAGAAAGAAUUGCAACUCAGAAGAUCCUGUCUGUGAUAGGAGAAUGCCUUGACCACUUUGGCCCUGGUUGUGUGGGUGUACAAAAAAUCUUAAAUGCUCGGUGUCCUCUUGUGAGGUUCUCACACCAGGCCUCUGGAUUUCAGUGUGAUUUGACUACUAAUAAUAGGAUUGCCUUGAAAAGUUCUGAACUCCUUUAUAUAUAUGGUACUCUGGACUCAAGAGUGAGAGCCUUGGUGUUCAGUAUUCGAUGCUGGGCUCGAGCACAUUCAUUAACGAGUAGUAUUCCUGGCUCUUGGAUUACAAAUUUCUCUCUUACAAUGAUGGUAAUCUUUUUUCUCCAGAGAAGAUCACCCCCUAUUCUUCCAACACUUGACUACCUAAAAACUCUAGCAGAUGCAGAAGAUAAAUGUAUAAUAGAAGGCCACAACUGUACAUUUAUUCAUGACUUGAAUAGAAUUAAACCUUCAGGAAACACAGAAACACUAGAAUCACUACUGAAAGAAUUUUUUGAAUAUUUUGGCAAUUUCGCUUUCAAUAAAAAUUCCAUAAAUAUUCGACAGGGAAGGGAACAGAACAAACCAGAGUCUUCUCCACUGCACAUUCAGAAUCCUUUUGAAACGUCUCUCAACAUCAGCAAAAACGUAAAUCAAAGCCAGCUACAAAAAUUUGUAGAUCUGGCCCAAGAAAGUGCCUGGAUUUUAAGUCAGGAAGAUAAAGACCGCCCUUCCCCAUCAAGUCAUCAGCCCUGGGGGCUGGCGUCACUGCUACAGCCUUCAGUGCUAAGCAGUGUGUCUCUUGCCAAGAAGAAAAGGAAGAAGCCUGCAAGUGAGCGAAUUAAAAAUUUGCUGGAAUCCAUAAAAAGUAGCAGUCCAGAAAAUGACACACACACCAAUGGGAAGAGAACAGUUAGUACUCAGGCUUAGUGGCUACUCCUUUGCUUGAAGAACUGGUUUUCCCCGAGAACAUUGCUCUUUCGACCGCCUGGAAGAACUGGUGUGAAACUCUCUCACAGGUACCCACUGUCAUAGGUACUGUCUGUUUUCAUGAUCUUUUCACUGGGCCUCUUUCUGGUCUGAAGUUCUGGGACAUGUUCAGUCUGAUAAGCCUCAGAUCCCGUGCCACAAGGCAUAGGUGACAGAGGAUUGGAAUUUACUUUAAAUAAACUAUGCAAAGCAAGUGGUAGAAAUCAGUUUUAGAAUCAAACCAUUAUUGAUAUCUACAUGAGGCCCUGGAUGGAAAUCAUUUAAAGGAACUUCUGGGUAUGUACAUAUGUAGUCAGCGAAUACAAUAAACCUUCAGAAUUUGCUAGUACUCUUCUAGUAUGUGUUUUUUGUAUUCUUCAAGUGAAGUACUCGUAUUCACAUAUAAGUUAAAACAGGCUUUCCUGUUUUAUUUCACAUAUAAAUUAAAACAGAUUUGCAAAAACGUUAAUGUUUUUAAAAGAUAGGAAUGCAGACACUUCAUUCACCACAUUCUAGGUAUUCUAAGCCAGAUAUAUAAAAAUAUUGGUACAUUGUAUUCUAGAAUGCUAGGUACUUUUUCUGCUUUCAAAAAUAAAACCCUGUUUCUACUAUAUG